CGCCUGCUGGGGCCCGGCUGCGGCGGGCCAAGAUGUCGCUGAUCAAGAAAAGAAAGCUUGAGUCGGGGGGCGGCGGCGCCGGAGGGGAGGGAGCCGAGGAGGAAGAUGGCGGGGAGCAGGAGGCAGCCCCGCCACGACCCCGGCGGACUAAGCGCGAGCGAGACCAGCUGUACUACGAGUGCUACUCCGACGUCUCGGUCCACGAGGAGAUGAUCGCUGACCGCGUCCGCACCGACGCCUACCGCCUGGGCAUCCUGCGGAACUGGGCCUCGCUGCGAGGCAAGACCGUGCUGGACGUGGGCGCGGGCACCGGCAUUCUGAGCAUCUUCUGUGCCCAGGCCGGUGCCAGGCGCGUGUACGCGGUGGAGGCCAGCGCCAUCUGGCAACAGGCCCGGGAGGUAGUGCGGCUCAACGGGUUGGAAGACCGCGUGCACGUCCUGCCGGGCCCCGUGGAAACGGUGGAGCUGCCGGAGCAGGUGGACGCCAUCGUGAGCGAAUGGAUGGGCUACGGACUUCUGCACGAGUCCAUGCUGAGCUCCGUGCUCCACGCGCGGACCAAAUGGCUGAAGGAGGGUGGCCUCCUCCUGCCCGCUUCCGCGGAGCUUUUCGUGGCCCCGAUUAGCGACCAGAUGCUGGAAUGGCGUCUGGGUUUCUGGAGCCAGGUGAAGCAGCACUACGGUGUAGACAUGAGCUGCCUGGAAAGCUUCGCCACGCGCUGCCUGAUGGGCCACUCGGAGAUCGUGGUGCAGGGGCUGUCAGGCGAGGACGUGUUGGCCCGGCCGCAGCGCUUUGCCCAGCUCGAUCUGGCCCGCGCCGGCCUGGAGCAGGAGCUGGAGACCGGUGUGGGCGGACGCUUCCGCUGCAGCUGCUAUGGCUCGGCGCCCCUGCACGGUUUUGCCGUCUGGUUCCAGGUGACCUUCCCUGGAGGGGACUCGGAGAAACCCCUAGUGCUGUCUACCUCGCCUUUUCACCCAGCCACUCACUGGAAGCAGGCGCUCCUCUAUCUGAAUGAGCCGGUGCCGGUGGAACAAGAUACGGACAUUUCAGGCGAGAUCACUCUGCUGCCCUCCCGGGACAACCCCCGACGUCUGCGAGUGCUUCUGCGCUACAAAGUGGGGGACCAGGAGGAGAAGACCAAAGACUUUGCCAUGGAGGACUGAGCGUUGCCUUUUCCCCCAUCCACCUUCUUCGGAAAGUCGGAAGAGAAAAGGAGGUGUCCUGUGCAAGUAGGGGACAUGUUUGCCCCCUUUACCUCACCGUUUCUCGGGAAGGGAGAGUGACUUCAGUCUUCAUUUGAGGACAUUCUUCUGGCCAUGUUUAUUUAAAAAGCACUGUGACGUAUCAGCAUGGCUAUACAAGAAGAACAGUGUAUGCCAUGAGUACCAAAGGGUCCAACCCAGCACGGCCUUUAAGAUGAGCGCACUUGGGAGGGCUGAAAGCCUGAGUUGUGUGACACCCAGGGACUGUGUGAUAUGUUCUGCGGAUUGGGACUGGUAAUGUGGGGAGCCCUUAGGGCUCCAGGCCUGAAAUACCAAACCCAAGAGAGAGCAUCACAGUCAAGGUCACCUCCCUCCCUCCCUCCCAACUUGCAGUUAUUUAUCCCUGUAGUUUUUUUUUUCAUUAAUUUAUCAAGCCAAUGAACAUAGUUGCUAAAAGUACAAUAACCACUACCCUCUAAUAGAUCACUACCACUAAAGAAACUAAAGCCAUGAUAGGAUGGUUGAAGUGUCAGGAAGGAUGAAUGUUAUUUACACAUUAAGAAAAAAGGUUUCUAUAGAUACCAAUUUGCCUAAAGGUACAUAUAUAUAUAUAUAUAUAUGUAUGUAUAUAUAUAUAUGUUUUUGUUUGUUUGUUUGCUUUGUGAAAUGGGAUCAUAUGUAGUACAACACUGUCCUGGAACUCUACGUGGAACUGUCCAUGUAGCUAGAAUGACCUUGGACUUCUGAUGAUAUAUUCUCCACCUUGCAGAUACUGGAGUUAACAGCUCUGUGCCACUGUGCCCAGCACACACCUAAUUUUUGGCUGUUCGAUCUUGGCACAAUUCUUUGACUUCCUGAACAUAAACAAAAUUUAACUUUCAUUAUGUUAAUCCUGCAUACUUCAGUUGAGAGCAGAAUACUACAGACCACCUGAACGGUACCAAAGGUUUAAUUAUUGAUGAUAAGAAAAAAAAGUGUUUAGUACUAGGGAGUCUCAGAGGUGACCCUAGACCUUCCUGGAAAAACCAUCUUCAGUGUAUAGCUCCCUGAGUUUGACAGUAGGCACUCAUUGGGAAAGCCCCUAGUUUUACUUCUCGGAUAGUUAAUCAAAGGUACAGACACUCUGGGGUCCCCAGAAAACUGAAUCCAUGACAGUAGCAAAGGCAAGUGAACUUGUCAUUUUGGCAGUGGGGCAGCUGAUAGAUCUAAAGGAGAUACAAAAUAAUGGCAUAAGAGUUCAGGAAGGCAGAUGUGAAAGGUCUGCUUCAAACAGCUGCCAACCUUCAACUACCCAGGACAUAGGAGAGAUGGCUCCUAGGGGGCAUUUACAGCACAGGCUCCAUGCCAUCCACUUGCUCAUCUAUGUAUGUUUCUCUUUAUUAUUAACAACUACAUAGUAUUUAAGCACUGUAAUAAAUAAUCAUAUCCUCUCAAAGAUCUAGGAUAUGUUGGGGACAAUAGAGUAACAUCAGCUUUUUGCAUACAUCCAUAAGCCUAGGAAGCCUUUCUAGCUUCUAACUCUGCUGAAUGAACUUGGAACGGCGGCUCUCAUCCUUUAAGUGUCUCCACAGAUUGAGAAAUCCUCUUCUUAUCAACAGGUAGCUUGUGAAUGCCUGGAAAACUUUCCCAUCUGAUACUCUCAAAUUAGGCAGUAUUUUUCAAAAUAUUAGUCUGUUCCAUAACAAAGUAUAUUAAAUAUGUGAUCCUUUUUGGCUACUAAACAAAAAAAUCUCAACCAAAUCUGUAUCUAACCAUGUGUGUCUGUGUAUCUUCCCCAGCUUUCUACAUGAUUUCAUUUCCAUACUCUAGUUUGUGAUUUAUACUUUCACUUGUAAUAAAGCUUACAUGUUUUGUUGGAA